AAAUCCAACAAGCCUCCCUUCCCAAACAAGUUCUAGAUAUACCUAGUUCGGUUCGCAACUCUUCGAUCAUGGCAAUGGCGGUGCGGAAUCUGCGACCGGGCUACGUGUUCAGACCCAAGGCCCUCGAGCUCGUCGAACACUUCCUCGUCCCCAAGGCGCUCGGCCGCGACGUCCUCCCCGGCUUCGUCGCGGAGGGCGUGGACGUCUUCUCCGCGAGCCCCGACGCGCUGCUCCCCUUCAGCAGCAACCACAGGAAGGGGCACGGGGAGGUCUGGGGCUACUUCUUCGCGCCCCAGCCCGCCGGCGAGGGGGCCGUGGCGGCGCCGGGCGGGUGCUGGCUCCCGUACGGCCCCGUGAAGGCGUACCGCGGCGGGGACGGGGAGGCGGUCGCCUUCCGCCAGAGGUUCGCGUACCACAUGGUCCGCCUCACCAUGCGGGAGGUCUGCGGCGGCGGCAGGGGGGCGUGGGCGCAGACGUUGUGGCUGAUGACGGAGUACCGGCUCAACAAGGGUGCCGCCGCCUUCCGCAACGCGCAGCCGGGCGACCACAAGGUGAACAUGGAUUGCGUGGUCCGCAAGGUCUUCACCAAGUCCGAGGUCGCUCCGCCGCAGCCACUGCCGUCGCCUGCCCGCUCCAGCGACGAGGAGAGCACGUGCUCCAACUACGCCAGCGCGGACGAGGAAGCCGGCUACUCCGGCCAGGAGCAGGCGCGGAAGCGCGCUCGAUUUAGGUGAGACUUGAGACGACUGAGACGAGCGCACGGAUCCGUGAUCGGCGGAUUCGGUUCGUGUCUCGCUGUAAUUUUUCGAAAGCGCAAUUAGUCGCAGAAACUAGUAGGAAUUUUUCUCGCUCAACUUUUUCUGCAGGCCGUGUUUCUGAGAAAGAAAGAAACACAUCCCGAAUUUUCAGCUGUUUGAUCCAUGAUCAGUUCAUGCACAAAUUUCAUCUCCCGACAGCAAAGAGCAAUGCAGUAACCCGGAUUUUCCUUC